CGCGCAGAGGCUUUCGUCGAGGCCUGGCGAGACCGAGGACGGCCCUCCGCGCCGAAGGCCAAGAUGUCAGAAGACCUUGCAAAACAAUUAGCCAGCUAUAAAGCUCAGCUCCAACAAGUUGAAGCUGCUUUGACUGGAAAUGGAGACAAUGAAGAUUUACUAAAACUAAAGAAAGACUUGCAGGAAGUUAUAGAAUUAACCAAAGACCUUCUUUCAACACAACCUUCAGAAACUCUCACAAGUUCUGAUAGUUCUGCUUCUACUCUGCCCGUUCAUACUUGGAAGGUUGGAGACAGAUGUAUGGCAAUAUGGAGUGAAGAUGGACAGUGUUAUGAAGCUGAAAUCGAAGAAAUAGAUGAAGAAAAUGGUACAGCCGCAGUCACCUUUUCGGGAUAUGGCAAUGCUGAGGUCACACCCCUGCUGAACCUGAAACCUGUGGAAGAAGGAAGGAAAGCAAAAGAAGACAGUGGCAACAAACCUAUGUCCAAGAAAGAAAUGAUUGCUCAGCAGCGAGAAUAUAAAAAGAAGAAAGCUUUGAAAAAGGCCCAGCGAAUCAAAGAACUGGAGCAAGAGCGAGAGGAUCAGAAAGUCAAAUGGCAACAGUUCAACAACAGAGCCUAUUCAAAAAACAAAAAAGGCCAGGUAAAACGGAGCAUCUUUGCUUCUCCUGAGAGUGUAACAGGGAAAGUUGGAGUUGGGACAUGUGGAAUUGCUGACAAACCCAUGACACAAUACCAAGAUACAUCCAAGUACAAUGUCAGACAUUUAAUGCCCCAGUAAUAGAGGGGGAAAUUGCUAAACGUCACCUCUGCAGGGCUUUACAUUUACCUUUUUAUUGUUAUAUUUUUCUAAAAGUAAACUAUUGGUGCAUAGUGAAAAUGGUUGUUACCAUUACUUGGCUUAUGCAGGUACAAGCCUUAAGUAAAAGAAUAGCUGUUGAGAUGACCCCUUCCCGUUACUGAACUUACUUAGCAUAAAUAUACACAAGUCAAAUGUUUGUUUAGGAAAUUCCUUUUGCAGAUCUCUAGAAAGUUUUCAGUUAGGCAUUUAGUGAGGGUACUGCCAGAACCAACCAUUGUAUAAUAAAAUAGUUGCCCCAGC